ACGACUCACGCCCGCAAGAACUCGACCGGAAUGUCGGACAAACCCGAAGGCACCAAGGACAUGGCCCAGCGGCCGCCCUACCAGCACCGGUCCGCCGAGGACUUCGGCGAGGUCAAGUGGCACGGCAAGUGCCAGUGCGGCCAGGUCAAAUACAAGCUCAACAAGGAGAAGCCUCUCAAGACCAAGUUCUGUCACUGUCGCGGGUGUCAGAAGACCCAUGCCGCCCCCUUCCAAUGGGCGGCCAUCUUCAAAAAGGAGAACCUGCUCUUCGAAAAGGGCGCCGAGGGUCUGGCAUUCUACUCCUCCACCAACAAGACCCGGGAAUACUCCCUGCCCACCAAGGUCUUCUGUUCGUGGUGCCGGUCGCCGAUUAUGGACGAAGGACGGAAUGUCUGUUUGCUGUUCCCGGAGUCGAUCGAAUGCGGAGACACCGACGCAGAGCGUUUGGAGUGGCGGAAGGCCUUCGAGGUCGAUUGCCAUAUCUUCUACAGUCAGCGGGUCCUAGAGAUCCCAGAUGGCAAGCUCAAGUGGGCCGGGAUGGACGAAGACAGUGAAAAGGUCGAUGAUAUGGGCAAGCCCACGGAAUGAAAAUCGGAGAUCGUAUCCUUUGGGUCUUUUACGAAACUGUGACCACACUGGACCACGUACACGAUUUUGGUCAGCGAUACGAGUCAGACGAGUGCAUGAAUAAAUGAUCAUCAUGAUAUGUAUAUUAGGAAAUUCUGAAUAAUUGUCACAUGUGAGACAG